GUCAGGUUUUCGUUUCGCAAUUUGGCAAGACAGAUAGCGAGACAAAGCAGUCUCCCUGCGCCUGCUCUGUUUACUUCCACCACUCCCUCUACUGUCUUCGUAUACAGAUACGUAUAUUUCCAGCAGUCAGAUGGAACCGUCGGUUUUUUAUUUUGGUAAUCUUCCGGUAAGAAAUCCCGACGGCAACGAUGCCGACACGGAGGGUUUCAAGCAUAGCGUGGAUGAAAUUUUCCAAAAAGUUGAUAAAUUGGAGCAAAGAAUGAAUGGGGUUGAGCAGUUUUACUUGGAUAUAAGUAAAAAGCAGCAGAGUGGUUCUUCGAAAGGUGGUGGUAGCCCGAUUGUGAAAGAUAAAGAUAAAGAGAGGCAUGUUACUAGUAUUAGGAAACAGCAGCAAGAUGCGUCGAAACGAGAGGCUGCUGCUGCUAAGAGAAUGCAAGAGCUUAUGCGCCAAUUCGGUACCAUAUUGCGUCAAAUCACGCAGCACAAAUGGGCUUGGCCUUUUAUGCAACCUGUAGAUGUUAAAGGUCUUAGGUUGCAUGACUAUUAUGAGGUUAUCGACAAGCCCAUGGAUUUCAGUACAAUAAAAAAUCAAAUGGAGGCUAAGGAUGGCACAGGAUAUAAGAAUGUCAGAGAGAUAAGUGCUGAUGUGAGGUUAGUGUUUAAGAAUGCAAUGAAAUAUAAUGAUGAAAGAAGCGAUGUUCAUGUUAUGGCCAAAACAUUGCUGGGAAAAUUUGAGGAGAAGUGGCUACAACUUCUGCCUAAAGUCACUGAAGAGGAAAAAAGAAGAGAAGACGAGGAAGUGGAGGCUAAAUUGGAUAUGCAGCUUGCUCAGGAGGCUGCUCAUGCUAAAAUUGCUCGUGAUUUGAGUAAUGAGCUUUAUGAGGUUGAUAUGCAUCUGGAAGAGCUUCGGGAUAUUGUUGUUCAAAAGUGCAGAAAGAUGUCCACUGAAGAGAAAAGAAAGCUCGGGGUGGCUCUUACGAGACUUUCUCCUGAAGAUCUAACUAAAGCAUUGGAGAUUGUUGCUCGGAAUAAUCCAGGCUUCCAAGCAACUGCUGAAGAGGUGGAUCUCGACAUUGAUGCUCAGACUGAAUCCACCCUGUGGAGGCUAAAGUUUUUGGUGAAAGAUGUGCUGGAAGUCCAGGGAAAAAGUGCGGCAAGCACAGGUGGCAAUAACAACAACAACAACAACAAGAACACCAGCAAUAACAACAAACGAAAAAGAGAGAUUUGCGAUGCUAUUGCCAAAACUGCCAAGAAAAGGAGUAAAAAGCCCUCUUCUUGAUCUUUUUGUAUCAUAAGCAAGUGUUUUUCUGGAUUUUGGUAAGCUUGCAUCUUGGUUGCAUUUUCUUAUGGAACAAUAUAGCGGGCAGCAAUUCUUACUGUCUGAUAACGAGUCUGAUUUGUCAAGGCACAUAUCUUGACUUGUCUCUUGGUAAAUGAUAUUUAUCUUUUGAGAGGAGCUAGUUGUUGCUAAGCCUUUCUAA